UGGUGGAUAAACUCUAAUUGGUGGUGAUGUUGGUGGACAAACUCCAAUUGGUGGAGAUGUUAGUUGUGGUGGAUUUGGUGGUAGAUUUUCCUUUGUUGGUGCCGACACAUCGAAAUGUGCUUGUGAAUGCACCUAUUGCAAGCGGCGAAUGGAUGAUUUGAUAAAAAAUGUUGAGGAGUCGGUGAAGGCACAAAAAGACAUAAAUUCUGCUUUACAGAGUUUGUUAUCCAAGAGGGGUGUCAAUCCAUCCAAGAAGCUGACCUCACCUUAUACUCCUAUUCGCAUUCGCAAGAAGGGAAAAAUAAUUUCCAAGGCACUUGCCAAUGUUAGGUCAAGAAAAUCUUCUACACCCCACAAGGCAGCUGCUGUUGUUGAUCUUAAAAAGGUAAAUGUGUACAACCAUGCAGAUGCUCAAAAAUUGAAAAAGCUUGAAAAAUUCAUCAAUGCCAAGAAGAGCAAGGGUACGAUGUAUUCAUUGCAUGAAUUUAAGGCCGAUGACUUCAGGAUAAUGACAAGCAUGGAAGAUUGGUGGCUGGCCAGUUAUGUUGAUGAAAUUAUGCUCCUAAUGCGUGUGAGGCAAAGCACUUUCACUGAGCACUAUGCUUCCACAGAUAUAAUCUUGGAUCUUAACUUCUACAAUAUCAUGCUCAAGCGGUACACAAAGUUGUCGGAUGAAAGCACACAGCCGGAAGCUAUUCUAUUCAAUCAAAUGCUUGAUGAUUUUAUAUGGGAUGAUGAUGUUAUCGCUUAUUGCAGAGGUACUGUACCAGCCAGAGGUGGUCGCGAGUGGGUUGGUGCCAAAAGGGUGCUUACUGUCGUGAACAUAAAUGUCAGACAGUUUGUCACCCUCGAAUUCAUAAUUGAGGAGGGGGUGAUAAAUGUUUAUGAUUGCAACCUCCCAAAAAUCCAAGAUGAUGAGUUGUUCAUCCACAUCCAGCCAGUCAUUGAAUUAUGGCCGAAGCUACUGAAGUAG